GCAUGAAAGCCGAGACUAAGCUAAGCUACCUACAGUUUAUGAAACUCCAUGUCAUAGGUAGUAGUCACUGAGCACUCUCUUGCCAUUGAGAUGGUAUCAACAAUCUCUGAUACUUUUUUUUUUGUCUUUUCACGUCAAUCAAAUAAAAUAACAAACAACAAUUUCCUCCAAAGUGACACUAUAAAAACUCAUCGGCUUACUUGGAAGCUCGAUCAGUUACACCCCCUCCUUGUGAAAUAAUGGCACACUCCCACUCCCACGACGGCUCAGCACCUCACUCCCACUCACAUGAUGGCAGCACCUUCAACGCUCAGGAGCACGGCCACAGCCAUGAGAUUCUCACAGGUCCCGGCAGCUAUCUCGGCCGCGAGAUGCCCAUAGUCGAAGGCCGUGACUUUUCUGAACGUGCCUUUACCAUUGGUAUUGGCGGCCCCGUCGGCUCGGGCAAGACAGCCCUGAUGCUCGCCCUCUGCCUGGCACUGCGCGACACGCACUCCCUCGCGGCCGUGACCAACGACAUCUUCACGCGCGAGGACGCCGAGUUCCUGACGCGCAACAAGGCGCUCCCGCCGUCCCGCAUCCGCGCCAUCGAGACGGGCGGCUGCCCGCACGCCGCCGUGCGCGAGGACAUAUCCGCCAACCUGGCCUGCCUCGAGGACCUGCACCGGACCUUUGGCGGCGUCGACCUGCUGCUGAUCGAGAGCGGCGGCGACAACCUGGCCGCCAACUACAGCCGCGAGCUGGCGGAUUUCAUCAUCUACGUCAUCGACGUCUCGGGCGGCGACAAGAUCCCCCGCAAGGGCGGGCCCGGAAUCACGCAGAGCGACUUGUUGGUCGUCAACAAGACCGACUUGGCCGAGAUUGUCGGGGCGGAUCUCGGCGUCAUGGAGAGGGAUGCGAGGAAGAUGAGGGAGGGUGGCCCCACCGUCUUUGCCCAGGUCAAGAAGUCGGUCGGCGUCGACCACAUUGUCAACCUGAUCCUCAGCGCUUGGAAGGCGAGCGGUGCCGAGGAGAUCGCCAAGGCGAAUGGCGGCCCGAGGCCUACAGAGGGGUUGGAGGAGUUGACUGCUUCCACUUGAAUGUGGAGAAAAAGGGGAUGAUGUUGAAGGAAAUCAAAGGUAUUUUUUUGUUCACUAUCCAAUAGACUUUGGCAUAGAGGACGGAGAAAAAGACAAACAAAAAAGAAAUCAAG